AUUAAUAGAAAAGAUUAUAUUCAAUAUGAUUUAUCUGAGAUAAAGGAUACAAACGGAGGGUUUAUAAUCGAUAAAAGUGAAUUGGAUAAUGGGAAAAAGACUUUAGAAGAAUGGACCAAAGAAAAUCAAAAUAUCACAUUUCUAAAUAAAAAUGAUAAUAAUGAGUUGCCAAAAUUUCCUAUUGAUAUUGAUUCAGCGCCCAAAUGCGAAGAUUGCUCAUCUAUUUUAAUUGAUGAAGAAUUCUUGAAAAUAUACAAGUGUAAAGUUUGUAAAAACUGCAAGAAAAAAAAUCCCGAUAGAUAUUCGUUGCUAACCAAAACCGAGUGUAAACAAGAUUACUUUUUAACUGAAUCCGAGUUGAAUGAUGUUGAUAUUUUGCCGAGAAAGGAGAAGGACAAUCCACAUUACAAGUAUAAUAAAAUGAAGUUGUAUUUGAGGUAUCAAGUGGAAGAAUUUGCAUUUAAAAAAUGGGGAGGCGAAGACGGGUUGGAUAAGGAAUGGGUAAGAAGAGAAGAGGUUAAAAAUAUUAAAAAGAGUAAAGAGUUUGAGAAAAAGUUGUUGGAGAUUCGAAAACGAACUCGAGCAGAAGAGUUUACGAGAAGAUUCAAGGCGAGAGAGGGAGCAAGUGAGCAUCAGCAUGAUUGGUCUCAAGCAUUUGGUGGUAAUGGAGAUGAUGAGAAAUAUGAGGAAAAUAUGAUAAGGAGAAAAUGUAAGAUUUGUGGAUUAGAAACUGAAGAGAUUAUAUUUUGA